UUCCCUCAUUUUCAUCUCCCUACCUCCUCACUGCUAAAAACAUGGCUUGUUUAAAAUCAUUCUCUUCCGUUUUCGGGUUCUUGUUCUUCUCUUUCACUUUUCUCUUCUCUAUGUUUUCCAUGCUGCUGUAUAUUCUCCGGCUCCGGCCGUGGUGCAACUGCGACGUGUGCCGGGGGUUCUUGACCUCGAGCUGGACCGAGGAGUUCGACAACUUCUGCGACUGGUACACUCAUCUGCUGAGGAAAUCUUCCACGGGGACUAUCCACGUCCACGUUCUCGGCAACAUCGUCACAACCAACCCGGAGAACGUGGAGCACAUUCUCAAAACCAGGUUCGACAACUACCCCAAAGGGAAGCCUUUUACCGUGAUCCUCGGUGAUCUUUUGGGCCGCGGGAUUUUCAACGUCGACGGCGACAUGUGGCGGUUCCAGCGCAAGAUGGCCAGUUUGGAGCUCGGCAGCGUCUCUGUCCGGUCCCACGCGCUUGAGGUCGUCGCCGCCGAGAUUCAGUCAAGGCUAAUCCCGCUGCUGGACUCAGUAUCCGGGAAGGGAUCAAACGACGGCGUUUUGGACCUGCAAGACGUGUUCCGGCGAUUCUCAUUCGACAACAUAUGCAAAUUCUCGUUCGGAUUGGACCCGGGUUGUCUCGAGCUCUCUCUGCCCGUUUCGAAAUUCGCCGACGCGUUUGACCUGGCGUCAACCCUCUCGGCCCAGCGGGCCAUGACGUCAUCUCCUUUGUUAUGGAAGAUCAAGCGAUUUUUCGACGUCGGCUCGGAAAAGAAGCUCAGGGAAGCAGUGAAAACCAUCGAUGAGUUGGCAAAAGAGAUGAUAGAAGAGCGCCGAGAAAUGGGGUUUGCCGCCAAAAACGACCUUUUAUCGCGGUUCAUGGCCACGGUCGACGACGACCAGUACCUCAGAGACAUAGUCGUCAGCUUUCUGUUGGCGGGCCGCGACACCAUUGCGUCCGGGUUGACCAGCCUGUUCCAUUUACUGUCUCAUCACCCGCAAGUGACGCGGGCCAUCAGAGAGGAGUUGGAUCGGGUCAUGGGUCGGGCCGGAGCUACCCCGAGCUUUGAGCAGAUGAGGGAAAUGCAUUACUUGCACGCAGUGCUCUACGAGACAAUGAGGCUCUUCCCGCCGGUGCAGUUCGAUUCCAAGUUCAGUCAAGAAGACGAUGUGUUGCCUGACGGUACUUUUGUCAAGAGCGGGACUAGAGUCACGUACCAUGCCUACGCGAUGGGGCGGAUGGGGACCAUUUGGGGUUCCGAUUGCCUGGAAUUCAAGCCGGAGAGGUGGCUGAAGAAUGGGAUUUACUCGCCGGAGAAUUCCUACAAGUACCCGGUAUUUCAGGCCGGGGAUAGGGUAUGCCUGGGGAAGGAGUUGGCUUUGACGGAGAUGAAAUGCGUUGCGGCCACACUUGUUGGAAGGUUUGAUAUUCAGGUUACGCAACCGGGUCAGGCACUCCGGUUCGCGCCGGGUCUCACGGCCACUGUGAGAGGCGGUCUACCAGUUCGAGUUUCAGAGAGGGAAUGAAAGCUAGGGUAGCUGGAUCUUCAUGCAAAUAUUGCUAGCUAGCUAGAAGUUUCAUUUUCUUUUUAAGGCCAAGUUAGCAGAUUGGGCAUUAGAGGAAUGCUAACUGUAGACGUAU